GCCCAGACCCCGUCCCCGACGCCCUGGAUUCGUCAGAAGCCGGCGGGUCUCGCGUGGUGCUCGUUGCCAUGGUGAUCGCUGCCCGGGGCCCAGCCUGACCAGGUCACCAAGCUUCUGGAGCCUUCGCAACCUCCGUGGGACAUUCUGGAAGGAUGAGGUCCUCCCUGACGCCUUUGGGGCCACCUGUGAGCCGGGACCGCAUCAUCACCAGCUUCCCUAAGUGGUACACCCCUGGCGCCUGCCUGCAGCUCAAGGAGCACUUUCACGGGCAGGUCAGCAGCACCUGCCAGAGCAGGAACACGGGGACUGUCGGGCUCAGACUCUCCAAGGUGGUUGUCGUUGGCGAUCUCUACGUGGGCAAGACCAGCCUCAUCCACAGGUUUUGCAAGAAUGUUUUUGACCGUGACUACAAGGCCACCAUCGGGGUAGACUUUGAAAUCGAGCGCUUUGAGAUUGCUGGGAUUCCCUAUAGCCUCCAAAUACAGUGGCUGGAGGAUGCACUAAGGGAGAACGAGCCGGGCUCCUGCUUCGUGUUCCUCGUGGGAACCAAGAAGGACCUUCUGUCAGGGGCUGCAUGUGAGCAGGCAGAAGUGGAGGCUGUGCGCCUGGCCAGCGAGAUGCGGGCGGAGUACUGGUCGGUGUCAGCUAAGACAGGGGAGAAUGUGAAGGCGUUCUUCAGCCGCGUAGCUGCCCUGGCAUUCGAGCAGUCAGUUCUGCAGGACUUGGAGAGGAGGAGCAGUGCCCAGCUUCAGGUCGGCGACGGAGACCUCAUCCGAAUGGAGGAGAGUCCACCCGAGACCCAGGAGAGCAAGACAUCCUCCAGCCUGGGUUGCUGUUAGCUGGGGCCUGCAUCCGAAGCCUCUACUCCCUGCACAUGCGUGGACAGUGCCUUCCAUGACCGUGGAGGGGUGAUAGGAAGCCAUCCGUGUCUGCCCACGCACCAUGCUGAGCCCCAGAGCUCAGCCACUUGUCGUUAGCAGGUCAGGAGCCAGGAAAGACCUGCUCUGGCUGCCCAGGAGCCUCUCACUGCCCAGCUGUGGGUAUACUGUGGUGAUCAUCUGGAAGGCCAGUCCCUCCUAUAGAUUCACCUGGCCUUGAGAGGCCUCAGGACUACAGAUAUGAGACACUUGUGCCCCACUAUCUCUUACCCUCGGCACACAUCAGCUGCCCAUGUAGGCACUCUCCCAGCUUUCCUGGGUUGGCCUCAGAAUCCUUCUCAUCUAAGUGGUCCAGGCAAGCAGGACUUGUCAAAGUCAGCAUAUGAGGGAAAAUCCACCUGUCAUCCCUGCUUGGGACUUUUCUGUUCUCAACAGGACUUGAAGUUCUGGGCCUCGGAGCCCCAGGCUUCAUCGUCCACUGUCCCUCUGCCACAGACUUAUGGGAUCCCUCAGCAGCCUUGCCCCUCUGGAGGAGGAUGGACAAGAUGGUCUCUCAGGCCCCUUUUGGCCAAGGGGUCAUCUUUGGCUCGCCUCUGAUCCCUGGGAUCCUGUCCUAUUGGUCAGUGGGUGAGAAUGUGCAGAAUAGGCUAUUCGUGCCCCUCUGGCCCACCUGGACAAUGAGUUUCCCUAGCUGUGCUAUGGGAAGAAGGCUUCCCAGCUGCCCCUGAGGUAAAUUCCUACUACAUCCAAUGUGCAUGGCACUGCCCUGCUGUUACCAGCAAUGGUCACCCAGACACUGCUGAGCUGGUGUCCACGGCUGCCCUGCCAUCCCUCUCUCCCUCCAGCCUACACAGGAAGGGCCUGGAAAACAAGAAAAUGCUGGGUGUGUGCCUCUCAGGACCUUUGUGGUGGCAUCCACGUAUCUUUCGAGGAUAUCAGAGGCCCUCCAGAGUCUAGCAAGCUCCUCACCUACACCACCCUGUCCUGCACAUCCAGAACCAGAAGGAACAACCCAGGCACCCCUUCCCCAGCUCCUUCCCAGAGUGCCCGCUCUCUCUAUACCCUCAUCUUACUCUUCUGUGGGAGCUAUUGACUACCCCCACCCAUCCCACACUCCGCGGCCCUGGGUGGGUGCCUGCUCAUCCCUGCCCACCCCAUGCCACAAGCAGGUGGGCACAUCUGGGCACUUUCCACCUGCUUCUCAGGUGAGCAUUUUGCAAACAGCUGUUCUGGUCAGUGCCCUGAACAGUACCCCAUACAGUGCCCGGCACACUGCAAGUGCCCAGUGGCGUUCAUCGGCUGAUAGCGACUGCCAAAUGCUGGUUGGGGAAGAACGUGGCAUCUUUUUUCUGUUCAUUCUCCCUUCACAUUUUAGCUGUCUUUUUUUUUAUAGCUAUAAAAUACUUCUUUAUAUAAAUCACACAAAGGAAUUAUGUACACACUUGUGAUAAGCCAAAACAAGACACUACAAAGCUUUGUAUAUAGACUGAAAGUCCCCCUCCUGUCCCUGGAAGUAAGCAUUGUUAAUGGCGGUGGGAAUCCUCCCAGACUAUUCCUGGGCAGCACAACCAUGGUUGUGGGCUUGUUUGUUGAACCAGAAUGAGCUUCCACCACACAUGCUGCCUGGCAGGCUGCAUUCUUGUCAACCUGCAGGAGCCCUCUCCACACACCGAACCUACUUGUUCUUUAGCAGCUACCGUUUUCCUUCCCGUGAUGGACCAGAGUCCCAAGUGCCCUGCCCCCUGAGGGAGACAUUUGGUUUGUGUCCAUGUUUUAGCUUUUACCGAAGGUGGUUGGUUCAGUGACCAUCUUAUAGAUGUAGCUUCGCACACUCAGGAUUCCCAAAGAGGACUUGCUGGCCCUUCUGUGGCGUGGAUCCCCAGCUUGGUCCACUAGACACAAUCUUGGGGGGCAGGCAGGUCACAUUAGGACCAGGGCUGUGACACACAACAGAAAGUGUCACGGGACGGAGGAGCCUGGUCACAGUGGGCUGGCGCUCUCCAAUGGCUGCCUCCCCUCACCCCUUCAGGCCCCAGGGUUGUCGGGGGGGGGGGGGGGGGGAGGGCGGCGACAAUAAUGGUGUCCUGUUGCUAGCUCCUGAGCUAGAACCAACCACAGUAUGUUGUGUGUGCCCACUCUCUGUAAGUGGCCCUUUAUUAAACUUUCCCCAUGCUGUCCACUGUGUGCUCGGUUGUUUCCCACCAGUUGAUUCAGAGUCUCCUCUGUCAGAUUCACUUGACAAGCUGACAAAGACAUUCUCUUCAAACACCUCAAGACUUGGCUGUAAUUUCUGGGGCAGAAACAGGACCAUACACAAGUGGUUCAGAAAUGGCUUGUCCCUCAGCCCCGUUUCCCUGCCAAGCAGCCUCAGCUUUGGGAUGCUGUGUCCCUUACAUGGGUCCCCUAGUCAGGUGGUCCCAGUGCCCUGUUGCCCAGGGUUGUGACCCCUAAAAGGGGUUUAUUCGCAUGUCCUCAACUGCACCCAGCCCUCCUCAGGGUCCCCAGCAGAGCCAGGAAAUGAGCUAACCAAUCCCUUCCUCUGUCACCCCCUGCUCCCUGAGUCUCCACAGUUUGGGUCAGCCUUCCCCCAGCCCUGCAGCCAUGUGACGUGACAAAGCCUCCCCAGUGAUUCAGAGUGGGGUACUUGCU